UUAGUCAAUGGUGGUUGGAAUGGGUGGAGUACCUGGAGUAUUUGCACUAAAACAGUCAGUGGCAUACAGAUAAGGUUUAGAGAAUGUUCCAAUCCAAAACCAGCAUAUGGCGGGGAACAUUGUAAUGGGAGCAGAGCACUUGUGAGGGAGUGUAACAAAAUUUCCCGCUGCCAUGAAGUAUUUCCUCUGCGUUUUAAAACGGAAAGGAACCUAUCAGUUGGUACAAUGGAAAUCUAUUCAGAUAGCAGUUGGAAAAAGCUUUGCACCAGUACCUGGAAUAACGUUGAAGUAGAUUUGACGUGCAUGGUAAUGGGAUACUCUAACAGCGAUGAUUAUGGCAGAUGGUAUAAAAACAGUGGCAAUGUAUCAGAGACAUCUACUAAUUUCAACUGCACCACCACUUUGACUAAAUGUGAAGAAAGCUUCUCAAACAAACUGCAAUUCUGCAAAGUUCGACCAGAGGUGAGUGUUUCAGGAGCAAGCAAUCUAAUCAGAGAAGGAGACAUUGUGACUUUGAUUUGUAAAAUCAUUCAAGGUCGGCCUAAGCCACAGAUAACCUGGCUUAAGAAUAACUUAUCUCAAGGACACAACACGUCUCUCUCCUUUAAUAAGAUAACAAAGGAAGACGCAGGUCUAUACACCUGUAAAGCAAAUAAUAGUGGGGGAAUUUCCACUGAAAAUAUCUAUAUUUCUGUUCAAGAAAAACCCACUGCUCAAAUAACACCAAAUUCACAAUUAAUACUUGCCACAGAUGAUGAGCUCACAUUAGCUUGCAGCGUCAACGAAGCAACAGUAAAUAUCACUUGGAAAAAAGAUGGAGACCCAAUAAAAGAAAGGGCAGACAUUGAUACACAAUUGAAUAAGAAAACAAGUUACCUGGUUAUUGCAAAGGUUGUGGAAGAGGACAGUGGUAAAUAUUCCUGUGAAGCUCGUAACAGACUAAGAUAUAUGGCCCGCUCCACUGUGACAAUAGAAGUCAAAC